AUGGCUUCAUCGACCUCCCACCCCCAAGCAGACACCCUAAUCCGCGCCGGCACAAUCGAAACACUCCAACCCGGCAUGCCACCACAGCGCUCCAUAGCCCUCCUCUCCGGACGUAUAAUUGCCCUCAGCGAGGACUCAGCCGGCUUAGACGACUUCAUCGGCAGCCAAACCCAGAUCAUCGACGUACCAGACUCCACAGUCCUCCCCGCAUUCACAGACACACAUACCCAUCUGAUUCUCGCCGGAUUGACCUACUUCGACGUGCCAGUCAAUGACGUCAAGAGCCUAGAUGAGCUGUUUGCAAGAUUGAAGAAGCGGGCGAGCGAGACGAAAGAGGGGGAGUGGAUUUGUACGGCGACGGAUUGGCUGGAAUAUAAUAUCAAGGAGCAGAGACUGCCAACGUUGAAAGAACUCGAUGCUGUUUCGACCAAACAUCCCAUCAUGGUGAUGAGAGGUGGUCACAACGUUGUCGUCAACUCGGUCGUUGCGAAUCUGCUGAACGUAACAUCCGACACACCCUCACCACCAGGCGGCCUCAUCGGCAAAGAAGCAGACGGAAGUCUAUCCGGUCUCUUCCAAGACUCCGCCACCGUCCCCAUUCUCAAACUAAAACCCUCCACAACCCUCGCAGAAAGAGUCGCAGGACUAGAAGCCGCAAGCCGUGCGUACGCCGCCACGGGAACAGCCUGCGUCCGCGACUGCUACGUCCCGCUCGCCGAUCUAGACGCCCUCAUCGCUACUCACGCAGCCGGGAAACUUCACGUGCGCGUACAUGCCCUCGUACCCGCCGUGGGCAUGACAUGCGCAGAGCAAGUCGAAGGUUUACUCAACAAAAUGGAGUCAUACCGGCACAUGCAAACCGAUCCCUACCUCUCCGUCUGGGGCGUGAAAUUCAUGGUCGACGGCGGCAUGGAAGCAGGCGCCGUAUCCACGCCCUACCUCUCCAUCCCGCCCGGCCGCGAAAAAGACGCGGAUUGCAAUUGUUGCGGCCUCCCUUCCUACCACGGGAUGCUCACGUGGGAGAAACCGGCGCUCGUCGAAGCCAUGACCGCCGUUGUUCGCCGUGGAUGGAAAAUAGGAACACACGCGUAUGGCGACCGUGCUGUCAAGUUGGUACUGGAUGUAUACGAAGAACUCUUGCACCGGUUUCCGUACCUCCAGUCUGGAACUCUGGUAAUGGAACACGGAGGCCUAGUCUCACCUUCUGAACAAAUCCGAGCAGUGAACCUCGGUAUCGCGACGACGAUCCAACACCCGCUUUUGCAUAACGCAGCGGGGGUCCAGGAAGUAUACUGGGGCACGGAGCGCGUAUCCCGCACUUUCCCCGCGCGGACGUGGCUGGAUGCUGGUGCGCUGAUAGCGGGCGGGAGCGACUAUCCUGUUGGUAGUUUUGCGGCUAUGCGGUCGGUUUGGGGGAUGGCGUCAAGAGAGACGGUGAUUGGGGUGAGGGGGGUUGAACAUGCGAUUAGUGUGGAGGAAGCGGUUGCGUUGCAUACGACUAAAGCUGCGGAGCUGCUGAGGGAGGAGGGGGAGAGGGGACGGCUUUUACCGGGGUUUGUGGCGGAUUUGGCGGUUUGGGGGGUUAAUCCGCUGGAGGUGGGGGAUUUGGAGGUGCUGAAAGACAUGAUGCCUAGUCAUAUCUCGGUGGGGAAGAAGUUCGUUAUACUCUAG